AGGUUCUGCUUUCCAGAAGCCCAGGCCACCAUAAAGAGGCAUGUGACAGAAGCUGCUGCUGUUUUGCUAAAUCAGAAAGAAGUGGUGUGUUCUGUAGUAAUGCCUCUGGGUGAGUAGUUGAUCUGUCAGAUACCAAACCAGGAAAGAAAUGCCUCUGCCAAGACGCCGAUCAUCCAUCCUGGGCCAGGCUGGUGCAGAAAGGCCAGGAAGUGUGAGCCGAGUGAGCACAGGCAGUACCACAUCUCCUCAGGGAACGUUCGUGGGCUCGGCAUCUUCCGACAGCACCAGCUGCCUGGGUGCCCGUGUGUCCCGCAGGGCACUGGGCAUCAGCAGUGUCUUCCUGCAAGGUCUGCGCAGCACCAGUGCCCCGGUGCUGCCCAAGCAUGCAGAAAGGGGUCACCUGUUGCGCGCCGACGGCCUUAACAGCUGUCUGCUAGAGUACCGUGACAAGGUACAUACCCUUGAGCAACUCAAUCAGCAGCUAGAAGAGCAGAUCCAUCACUGCCUGGAUCGCAAGGCCUCCAGCGCCAAGAUGUGGAGCACACUCAGGCAGGAAUGGGAGGACAUCUACAGACAGGUGAGCGAGGCCAUCCUGGACAAUGCUCGACUUGUGCUUCAGACAGAGAACGUCCAGGCCAAUGCUGAAGAUCAUAAAGAGAGGUUUGAACAUGAGCAGCCUUUCCGUAAAGCCAUGGAGGAGGAGAUCAGCGCCCUCUAUAAGGUGAUUGAUAAUGCCAACUUUACCAGAAUGGAUCUGGAGAACCAGAUUGAGAGCAUGAAUGCUGAGCUUCUAGACCUGGCCAAAACUCAUGAAGAGGAUGUGAAACAGGUCUAUAACCAGUUGGCUAGCCAUGAGGUUGAUGAACUUGAGCCACCUACUGAGACCAGUCUAGAACAGAUACUGACUUUUAUCCACUCCCACUGGGAAAAGGUCAUUGAGAAGACCCGGGCAGAGACUGAUGCAUACCUAGAGUGCAAGAAGGUGGACAGUGUAGACAAAAAGCUGAGUCAGGAGGAAAAAGUGCUGGAGAAUCUGAAGACAGAAUGUAAUGAUGCAAAUGCAAAGAUCCAGAGCCUGCAUGCUGAAACAGAGUCCAUGAGAGCACUGAAACGAGGCCUGGAAAACUCCCUGAAUGAUGCAAAGCACUGGCAUGACAUUGAGCUUCAGAACUUGGGCUCGGUCAUUGGGAAGCUGGAGGCCGAGCUCUCUGAUGUGCGUGGAGACAUCGAGCAGCAACAGCGCGACUAUGAGACACUGCUCAACAACAAGAAGAGGCUAGAAAUGGAGAUUGGAUCAUACCAUGGGAUCCUGGAGGGAGAGGAGAACAGAUUCCACUCAUCAUUGUCCAUGUGUGGUAGUGCAGAAGCUGAAGACAAAACCCAACCUUUUCCUGAACAGCAGAGCUCUACAGAUGCUGAUGGUACUGCAGAUGGUACUGGGUCUUAAGACAGUGUAUGAAAAAUAGCUAAGAGUACACUCUUAGAAAAAAGGUUGAAUCUAGAACCCUAAAGAGUAAUUGCACUUGUCCAUCAGUGUGGAACCCUACAACACCGAAAUAACGUAAGCACCCCCUUGUAACCAUUUAAAGAAGAAGAACCGCAUACUAUAUUAUAUCAAAAUAGUGUACUGUGUUAUAUGAAGCUAUAGAUGUAGUGCAGUUUUCAACUUCUUCAUGGGUGGCAUGGGUGGUGCAGUGGAUAGAGUUGCUGCUUCACAGCUCCAGGGUACCCGGGUCAAUGGUGACAACCCAUCCUUGGUGUAUUCUCACCUCACUCCCAGUGUUCCUGGGAUAAAUUCCAGCCCCACAGCAACCCUGGCCAGUGUAAAGUGGUUAUUGAAGAUAAAUGAAUGAAUGAAGGUUUCUCAUUAAAAAUCAAAACCUUGAAAUUACAAUGUUACAUCUGAUUUUUUUUACA